AUGGAUUCUCGGCAAUUACGAUUCUAUGGAAGUGAGUGGUAUAAUAAUGAUAUGCUAGAGGCCGUGGCUGUGCGCCGAACAGAUCCUGUAUUGGCAAAAGAUUCCUCUGCAAGCGAGAAAAAAAUACCAAGCAAGGACAAUCAGAAUCCGUCGAUUUCUACAUCGCUACCCGAUUUUGAAUUUGAACCAAAGCGAGGUUACGGACCUUACAUUGAGCUGACUGACGAAGAACGGCAGUUGUUUCAACUGCUAAGACGAGCACGAAAAGAAACCGACCUUUCCACAACAUUGCGAGUGGCGGGAGGAUGGGUUCGCGAUAAACUGCUGGCCACUCCGGAAUUCACAAGAACUCAAAUAAGAGAGGGACGGUUAACUUCGAAAUAUGUUGCCACCAGUAUGGGGCGUCAAGGUACCAAGGUACUGGCGAGCGACGAGGGGCAAAAACCGGUGGACAUUGAUAUCGCAUUAGAUGAUAUGUUGGGUCGAGAGUUUGCGGAUCGCCUCAAUGAAUACUUGGCAAAAGUGGGAGAAGAAACCCACAGCGUUGGGGUCGUCUUGAAGAAUCCUGAAAAGUCGAAGCACCUGGAAACUGCCACUAUGAAGGUUGGAACCUUUUGGAUCGAUUUUGUCAACCUUCGUGCCGAAGAAUAUACCCAAGACAGCCGAAUUCCUGACUUGAUGAGAAUAGGAACGCCAGCGGAAGAUGCUUUUCGACGAGACUUGACAAUUAAUUCUCUGUUUUACAAUGUAAACAAUGCCCAAGUGGAGGACUGGACGGGCCGCGGAUUUGAUGAUCUGAGGCGAGGUAUAGUGGGCACUCCUUUGGCACCCUUGACGACACUACUAGAUGAUCCCCUUCGUGUGCUACGAUCCGUUCGAUUUGCUGCACGAUUGCGAUUUACCAUGGAUGAAUCACUGGUAGAAGCAGCAAGGGACAGUCGCGUGAGGGAAUCGUUGGCAGAAAAGGUAUCAAGAGAACGCAUCGGAUGCGAGGUUGAUCUCAUGUUCAGGUCUCCUGACCCAGUGGGAGCGAUGCGAUUAUUGAUUAACUUGAAUUUGGUCCGAACGGUAUACCCAGUAGAGAACUGCUCAGAUGGAAUCAAAAUCACCAACAAUGACCUUUUCGAUGAGGGGUUGAGCUUGUUGACUAUCACACACGAACACCUCGACGACUGCAAGUAUUCUCCACCUAUUUGGUGUCAAUCCAAGAAAUCCUACACCACUCAUGGCGUCACCGAGUUGACGCUGAGAGAGGACGGUUAUGCACGGAGGUUGCUGUGGUACGCUGCAUUCUUGAAGCCUAUUGACGACGCUGCGCGAAAAGUUAAGGAGAUUGAAGUUAGCAAACGACAGGGCAGAAAAGCUAAUCGAUCCACCAUUUCCAGGCUUUUGGUAGACGAAUUGAAACGACCCACUCGGGAUUCUGAUGCGAUUGAAAAAAUUGUGAAGGGGGCCAAUGACUUUACCAAAUUGAUGAAUGCUGGAGUUGACCUUUCUGCAGUCUCGGUGUUGCUUUGCGAUAUUCGGAUCGAAGAUGCUGAUGAAACAAGCGACAACAGUGAUUCGAAAUUUAAAUGCUCGAUGCAAGGAAAGCCAGUGCAAAGCGCAACAGAAGAUGAUCCCAUAUGGAAACACGCCAUGGAGUUUCGUUUGCAAUGUACCCAGAUUCUCAAAAAGGUCGGAUCACUUUGGCGAGCGGCUCUGUUCCUGUCUUUAUCCGAACACAUGAACAAGCAACUAGAAGGUGAAAUGGAAUAUGCUAUAGAAGGCGAUAUUGUGGAUGAAGCUCAUGAGGAAUUGCGAAAAGGUGAAAUUGAUCGAUAUGACUCGUUUGCUACUGCUAUGCAACGAAUAGGUGUGAUUGGGAUAUGGGAAGAGAAACCAUUGCUAGGUGGAAAUGAAAUCAAAAAGAUCUUGCCAAGUCUUCCAAAUGGUCCAACUUUCCGCGAAGUCAUGGAGGAGCAAGAAAAAUGGAUGGUGCUUCACCCCGGUGCGGGUUCUGAGGUAUUGACAGAUCAUCUAUUGAAGAGCUUUCCAGACUACAUAUAA